AUGUUCGCGUGUGUCCUGUGCUCGUUGUCGGCCUUCUGGUAUGUGCAAGGAUCUACGGUGUCUGAAGGGAUCUCCACGCUAGAGAUUGCCAUCUUUCCACUUUCUAAACAAUCAGAAGUUGGUGGUGUUGAACCUCGUUUCCCACGUGCCAGGGUCCAAUUAGUUCCCUGGGGUCCUGGCUUGCAGGCCGAUGACUUCCGAGCAGCUUCCGAAACACAACUUUAUUUGCCACGUAUACUUUAUUUAGCCCAUUGGAGACUCCAUAUCGUGAGGAAUGACUCCUCAGUUUUUCCUGUAAAGCGUCCAUCGAGCUGGAUUAGAUUUCCUAUGACAAAUUACUUGACGAUACCGUGUCCAUCCGUCCGACUGGAAGCUGGGUCGAUGAGGAAUUCCAAACUCGAAAAUAAUACAAGACACGGAUCCAUUUCGAAGCGAUUUAUAGCGAAACCGGCUGUAUCGGUUCUACCUCUCGUGCGCGCCUUAGGUCAGGGUUUAUUUGCAUUUAGCCUACUGGCUCUGCUUGAAAUGUGGCAAGGUCCUGGUACCACCUUGAGGGGGGGGGGUCUUGGAGGUAGUACCGAGGGCUCUUGUACUAUGUUUUGUUAA